CUGCCAUCCUAGAUGACCCAAUGGAGUGCAGCAGAGGAGAGCGCCUGGCCAUCACGCUGGCCAAAGACAGCAUCAACAGAAGCAGCAAUCGCUCCAUCACCGGAAAGCUGGAGGUGGACAUCUUUGAGCUGCUCAGAGACAGUGAAUAUGAGAUGGGAGAAACAAUGUGCCAAAUCAUGUCUAAAGGGGUGGUUGCAGUCCUCGGUCCCUCUGCCAGUCCGGCCUCCAACUCUAUCAUCAGUAAUAUCUGUGGUGAGAAGGAGGUGCCGUAUGUGAAGGUGGCUCCAGAAGACAUUCUAAAGGUCCAGUUCCCUCGCUUCACCACUCUAGACAUGAGGCCAACCAACAUGGAUGUCAGUCUGGCUAUAGCGAGCCUUCUCACCUUCUUUAACAGCACCGCCUCCUGCCUCAUCUGCGCACAGGCCGACUGCUUAUUGAACCUGGAGCAGCUCCUGAGGCAGUUCCUCAUCUCCAAGGAGACCCUGUCAGUGCGUAUGCUCGACGACAGCCAGGACCCAACCCCGCUCCUGAAGGAGAUACGAGACGACAAGACCCCCACCAUCAUCGUUGACGCCAACGCCACCGUGUCCCAUAUCAUUCUGGAACGGGCAUCAGAGCUGGGAAUGCUUUCAGCCUACUACACGUACAUCUUCACCUCUCUGGAGUUCUCCAUGCUACGACUGGACGACGUGGCUGAUCAGUGGGUCAACAUCGUCGGUUUUUCAGUUUUCAACCAAACGCAUCCAUUCUUUGAGGAUUUUGCGCUAAGCCUCAACCGCUCCUGGCAAGAGAACUGUGAACAUGCUCCCUUUGAGGGCACCCCGCUCUCCUCAGCUCUUUUCUUUGAUGCGGUAUAUGCGGUGGUGGCAGCGGUCCAGGAGCUGAAUCGUAGCCAAAAUGUAGGCGCCACUCAGCUCUCUUGCAAGUCCUCCAAAAUCUGGGAGCACGGCACCAGUCUCAUGAAUUACCUGAGGAUGGUAGAGCUGGAGGGUUUAACAGGCCACAUUGAAUUCAACAGCAAAGGCCAGCGCUCCAACUACGCCCUUCGGAUCAUGCAGAGUGGCAAGGAUGGCCUAAGGCAGAUCGGCCUGUGGCACUCCGAAGAUGGACUGUCUAUGGAGAAGAAGCUCCCAUCCGUCAACCUGACGGACACCCUCUUCAACACAACUCUUACCAUCACUACAAUACUCGAGAAUCCAUACGUGAUGCUGCGGACAGAUCACCAUGACCUGGAAGGAAAUGAGCGCUACGAAGGCUUUUGUGUGGACAUGCUGAAGGAGCUGGCAGCCAUACUCAAGUUCAAGUAUCGUAUCCGACUGGUGGGGGAUGGACUGUAUGGAGUCCCCGGAGCCAAUGGAACAUGGAGCGGGAUGGUCGGAGAGCUCAUUUCAAGGAAAGCUGACUUGGCAGUCGCUGGCCUCACAAUCACAGCGGAGCGUGAAAAGGUCAUUGACUUCUCCAAGCCCUUUAUGACCCUCGGCAUCAGCAUCAUGUACCGCGUCCACCUGGGUCGGCGUCCAGGCUACUUCUCCUUCCUGGACCCGUUCUCCCCAGGCGUGUGGCUCUUCAUGUUGUUGGCCUACUUGGCCGUGAGCUGCGUGCUUUUCCUGGUGGCCAGAUUGACACCGUACGAGUGGUACAACCCGCACCCCUGCCUGAAAGGACGCUGCAACCUACUCAUCAAUCAGUACUCCCUUGGAAACAGCUUGUGGUUCCCUGUCGGGGGCUUCAUGCAGCAAGGGUCCACCAUUGCCCCCAGAGCACUGUCCACGCGCUGUGUCAGCGGAGUGUGGUGGGCGUUCACAUUAAUCAUCAUCUCGUCGUACACUGCCAACCUGGCCGCCUUCCUUACCGUUCAGAGGAUGGAGGUGCCCAUUGAGUCAGUCGAUGACCUGGCGGAUCAGACAACGAUCGAGUAUGGUACCAUGCACGGCGGCUCCACCAUGACCUUCUUCCAGAACUCCCGCUACCAGACGUACCAACGAAUGUGGAACUUCAUGCACUCCAAGCAACCCAGCGUGUUUGUGAAGAGCACGGAGGAGGGCAUCGCUCGCGUACUUAAUUCCAACUACGCCUACCUGCUGGAGAGCACCAUGAACGAGUACUAUCGCCAAAGGAACUGCAACCUGACGCAGAUCGGUGGGCUGCUCGACACCAAGGGCUACGGUAUCGGAAUGCCGCUGGGCUCUGUAUACCGCGAUGAAUUUGACCUGGCCAUCCUCAAGCUUCAGGAGGACAAUCGCUUGGAAAUCCUGAAGAGGAAAUGGUGGGAUGGCGGCAAGUGUCCAAAGGAAGAGGACCACCGGGCCAAAGGUCUGGGCAUGGAGAACAUCGGCGGCAUCUUCGUGGUGCUGGUGUGUGGCCUACUUGUGGCCAUCUUCAUGGCGGUGCUGGAGUUUGUGUGGAUGUUGAGGCACGCGCCAGGAAGCGAGCAGUCGGUGUGCGAGGAGAUGCUGCGCGAGCUUCAGGGCAUCAUCCUGUGUCACGACAGCCUGCAGGUGAGACGCCGCCGGACGUCGCCGGUCACGCGGCCGCCACCCCUCCCUCAGGAAGAGCGCCGGGCGCGAGCAGCCACCGUGGGCCUCGCCAACGGCAAGCUGUGUACAGGCACGGGACUGCCCGAGCCGCUUUCCCACAGACUGGCUCAGGAAGCCGCGUUGGUGGCCAGAGGCUGCAGCCACAUCCGCAUUUGCCCCGAGUGCAGACGCUUCCAGGGGCUCAGGAUGCGUCCUGGGGGGGCAGCCGGCGCCUUGCCGUCUCCUACGCCCAGUGAGGAGAGCAUAGAGUGGGACAAGACGACAAAUAGCAGCGAACCUGAAUAACACGCACCAUGUAGACGUUGGCCUUCCUGGUCAGACGGUGCUUUGUCACUGGAUCACCUGACGCAGGACCAAGGUACUGACUCAUCUUUUUUUUGGGGUCUCCUGGGGCGGAUUUGUCUUUUUCUUGCUCAUGGACAAACUGAUGAGUCUGUCUCAUGUCGGCCCUCGGUACUGCCCCGAACAGGACAUACAAAGGACGAACAGCCAUGGGCCAUUUGUACUAUGCAGUAUUUUCAAGUCUCAGUGUGCUGUUUCUUUCACUCCCCAUCUUUUUAAAUUAUUCCUGUACUCUGUUGGAUUACCAGUACUGAUUAUUGUUGUUAUAUUGUUAUCGGGGGGGGGG